GUCGCCGCACUGCUACCCCACCUCCGCUCGUCGUCCCCUCGAGCGAACCAUCGAAACCCCUGCGAUCUCUCUUACGCAACAGUAUACACCUCCAUUGUUGGAUCCUUUACUAAGCUCUCUCUCUACCCCUGUGUUCUAUAACCCCUACCAAUUUGGAUUCUCUCGACGGUAACCAGUUUAGUCAAUGACAAAGGGAAGCAAAACCAGGGUAAUUGAUUUGGUAUCAGAGGAAAGCAAUUCUGAUGAACUUCCUUUAAAGCAAGCGCGGCUCGAAACCUUUCCUGUUGCUGGAGGUUCAUCAGGCAAUGGUUUGCCCUAUGCUCCUGAAGAUUGGCCUUGUCAUGGAGAUGUAUGGAGGUGGAAGGUGGGAAACAGACCGGCAGCUUCAGGCUACUGGCUUGAUAGGUAUCUUUAUCCCCCGUCCCGUUUACGUAAAGUUACUGGUAACAAGACAGGCUUUCAAAGCAGGGCAUCAGUCGAAGAAUAUUUAAGGAAGGAUUUUCCAGAGAUGGAUCUUAACUGCUUUUUUUCGUCAUUUAUUUGGAAGGUUCCUUGUGAAGGCCGCAUGCCCAAAAAAGGUACAGAAAAGAAUGUUCACACCUUCAAAGGCGUCAGUGACCAUACUGAAUCUGAAUCACCUGUUAAAGCUGGAGAUUGUAAAGCUCGAAAUAAGUUAUGCAACCGUCAAAAGGAAGCAAAGACCAAUGCAUCAGCACAGAAGGAAUGUGAUAUUUGCUGUGUUGAAGCUGGCUUCUGUCGUGACUGUUGUUGCAUUCUAUGCUCCAAAACAAUUGAUCCAGCUCAUGAUGGUUAUAGUUUUGUUAAAUGUGAGGCGAUUAUUGAUAGGAAUCAAAUUUGCGGGCAUAUUGCACAUAUUGAAUGUGCUCUCCGCUCUUAUAUGGCUGGAACUGUUGGGGGAAGUAUUGGAUUGGAUGUGGAAUACUAUUGUAGACGUUGUGAUAAUAAAACCGAUCUCAUGCCUCAUGUGACAAAGAUUGUACAGAUUUGUGAAUCUCUUGAUUCAGAGGAUGAAAUUGGGCAAAUCCUAAAUUUGGGUUUGUGCAUCUUGCGUGGCUCGCAACAGAUGAGGGCAAAGAUCUUGCGGAAUGGUAUUAUGUCCAUCUUGGGUAAGCUUAAAUGUGGAGCUAAUCUCGACGGAAUCUGGAGAGGGGAAGAUAAUGCCGCCUCAGUACAUACCGCAGGACCCUAUCCUAAGAGUGAGGUGACAGUGUUGGAGGCCCAGCAAACUGGGAAGAACGAAAGAGCAGCAGAUUGUGCAAGCAUUGUUCAUCCCCUUCAGAAAUCUGAAACAAAUCACCGGCCAGUAUACAUAACGUCAGACGACGGGAACAUCUCUGCUAAGCUUGAAGACGAGAUAGAUUCGGCCCUUAAGGAAUUGAAAAAGUCGCAGGAAUCAGAGUGCAAAAUUGCAGAGCAAAAACUUUAUGCUCAAAAGGAUUUCCUCCUCAGUUUGUAUCGGCUGCUUGAGUCAGAAAGAUCGGAGCUUGCAGAUCCUAUGCCUUCGCCUAAUAGUAGAAAUUGCGAUACUCUCCUUUCUAAUGUUCUGAAUAGAGUGGAUCAGAUAAAGCGCGAGGAGGAGAAGUUUAGGAGCAUGUUGAAAAUUUCUAAUGGCUUCGGACGAACUCCCCAAAAUAUAGUGAGACAACAUUUUGGGCUGACCGUUGAUGAUUGAAAUGACUCGAGUUGACAAGAGUUGAUCUGAAGCCAUGUCUUUUCUUGUUUAAUGUUGUGUUAACAGCGCUGUAGCAGUAAUUCUGGAACAAUGAAAAUUUUCCAACAUCUGCUCUUCUCUUGUCAUAUAUGCAGUUGACAGUUGGUACUUUACCCUAUUUUCUCUCUUGCAGUUUCAA